UGUACGAGUUCAAAGUACAAUUUAUAUACCCCGUGUGUGAAGCCACUUCUGAGGAAAUGACAUUUUCCCCUGCAUUUUGGAUGGCAUAUAUCGUCACUUUUUGCGAUAAGAUUGACGAACCUUGCAUUGUAUCCGGUAGCGUGCUCGACACUUCUGCACUCGCUGCAUGCUUAACUGACCAUAAUUAAUCAAGAGAAAUUGUUUCCCCUCAGCCAGAGAUUCCAGAACUGUUUCCCCCGGGUUUAAGAAAUUUUGAUCUGGGUGAUCGGUUUCUCCCAGAUGCCAGUUGUUACUGCCAAUAAAAAUCGGCCUUUGCCGUCACAGUCAGGGAGUGCAAAGGCAUGGUGGCCUCUAUAUGAUGUUGGCAUCGGCGUUUGGUGGAUUUUCUUUGCUGGAUGCGGCUUCCUUUUAUCCGUUGUCAUGAUUUCUCGAAUUUCCCAACGUUGGCGACGUACUUCCGGGCGAGCACCAUCACAUACUGCGUAUGACCAGGACGAGAAACGCUGUAUGAAUCUAGAUGCACAUUCUCCAGCGUUCGCACUCCCACCAUUGGCGAACCUUCAGCAGACUUCUCAAAUGUCGAAUGCAUCUUUUCCCCCUCCCACUAUCAGGCGACACUCGCAUCCAGCGUCUGAACCGCAAUCAUUCCCAACAUUACCGCAAUCAUAUACUCGAUCUAUCCCAUCAACAAGUGACCGCUAUCCUGGAAUCAUUCAGCAUGGUGAAAUAUUCGAGUCGAACGACCAUCGUCGGCAUGUGAAGACUUUUCACAUUGCUUAAAAAGAAAGAAAAGAAGAGAAAGAGCAGCAAUGAUUCGUUUCAUGGGCAAAGAUGAUAUCACCAUCACAUCUUUGUAAAAGCAGAGAGACCCGAAAGCCGAUCCUGGAAGGGCGUUGACGGACACUGGUUCAAAAUUAGAAUCAUUUCCCGCAAAGGGCUGGGGGUUUCG